AGACCGACUAUUUAUAAUUAAUCGUACACUCGCUAUCAAAAGUCUUUCCCACCAAAACCCAUCGCCUAUCCUUUUCUCUCAAUUACCAGAAUCUUAAGAACAAAUAAUCAAAAUUCCAUUUAAAUUGUACUAUUGAUCUUGAAGCAACAGAAAUGGAGGCCAACGAGUUUGAUCUCUACCACGAUUCAAUUAUUUGAAGCUGUGCAUACUGUCUUUUCCAACUUUGGUACUUCUAAUCUAUUCUACGAAAGCAACUGUUGGUGCUUUGACCUUGUUUCAGUUUGUAACUUUGAUCCAGAUCUGAUUUGCUGCACAAUACUUUCACUUGCAAUUUCCUCCUCUAUUGGUUAUAAGAUAAUGGCUAAGUGGUUAUCAGCGCGCUCUUUCAUUAAUGUCCUCCACCUUCAAUAAUCUUUUAUAGCCAGUGAUAUCAUAUUACCAGUGAUAGUAGAGGAAAGGUAUAAAAUGUUGGAUUUAUUGUCAUUAAACCUUAAGGAACCACCAAUAAAGCGAAGAGCUGGUCUAUGGAUCGUACAAGCAGGACGAGGAUCAUAUCGGGGCAGUUAGUGAAUGUUUUUGUGUCAUCUGGUUGCUUAUUUUAUCCACUGGAUAUUUGUUUUUUCAUAAUAGUUUAAUUUAUGGGGAUUACUUCCCUGAGGUCUUUCCUCCAAAGUCUCUGCUGCAAUUCUCCAUGGAAUUAUGCAGUGUUCUGGAAGCACAAGCAUCAAGGUGAAAUGAUAUUGGUAUGGGAAGAUGGCUACUGUGACAAUUGGAAGCUGAGAAAUCUGAUGGAGGGCACUGUAGAUGGUUUCGACUUAGAAAACUCAAAUGAGAUAUUAUCCUCGGCUCAUAAAUCUAGUGUACCUCAUGAAAAUCCAAGUGAAUAUCCAAUUUCUCUUGUAGAUUCUGACAUGUCAAAGGCAUAUCAUGUAUUUGGAAAGGGAGCUGUCGGCGAGGCGGCAUGUACUGGGAAUCCUCGCUGGAUUUAUUCCAAUAGCAUGGGAACUGAUGUAUUUUGUUCUGCUUUAGUUGCUGAGUGUCCGCAUGAAUUGCUGCCUCAGAUUUUGGCUGGCAUAAAGUUCAUGCAGACAAUAUUGCUUUUGCCAGUGCUUCCCCACGGAGUUCUACAGCUUGGAUCAAUGGAAAUGGUAGCAGAAGAUGCAGCAAUAGGUGCUUAUCUUAAAUCUGAGUUUGAGACCCAUAAAAAAUUUGAGGCAUGUGAUGGAGAAUCUCCAAUUCAGCAGUUCUCGCUUUUAUCUACUCUCAUGGAGAAUUUAGAGGAGAAAAUGAUCACUGACGUAUAUAAAAUAAAUGAAAAUCAGAAGGCCAUUAUGGGUGCUAGUUCAAUAGAUCAAAACUUAUCUACUGCAAAUCAGAUGAUGCCAGUGCCAGUGUUUAUGGUUCAAGAUUUAAGUGGCUUGUCUGUAAAGGAUGUCCCAUAUACUCUUGAAAAUGUGAUAGAUGGCAAACUCAGCAGUCAAUCAUUAGGCAUGGUUCACGCAGCUGAACCACAACUCAAUUAUCAAUCACAUGAAGAUAACAAAUCAACUAUAACAGAGAGUAACAUCUUCAAUUCCUUUUGUCAGGAAGAAAACAUCAGAUCCUUCCCUUACAGUGAUGCCUUUGAUGUGACAAUGUGCGGAGAAUAUAUCAAUGGCAUUGCAGAUUUUUACACUGAACGAUGUGUAAUUGUACCAACUAUUUCUGCGUAUGAUUGUGACAACGGCAUUUGUGAAAGUGGAGGUAACAUUUUGAGCUUCCCCAGGGACUGUGAGCUGCACAAAGCACUUGGACCGGCAGUUGCAGGGAACCCCAGUCAAUACCCAUAUGACUCGUCUAUCUUGGGUCACAGUGUACCUAGCAACUCGACACUUGAUAGUCAUCUCACCCAAAGAAUGGGAUUUUCAGGGAUUGGAACUCAUGGAUUUCCUGUAAAACAAGAUGAUAUUGGACACCUUUUAGAAGAUCUUGUUGUCGAUGCUUGUGGUAACACUGAUGAUAAUUCCUCCGAUGACAGUUCAUCGAACGAAUUUAACUGUGCAAGCUCAAUGAAGAUGUCAUCUGAAUUUUUGGCUACCUGCAAAAUACCUAGUCAAUCCAAACCGGUAGCCUUAGCAGAAGAAGAUCAAGUUCCUCGGAGCUUCGCAACAUCUGCCUUUAUGGCCAAGAGAAGGAAUCCUGUAGCUUAUUUGUCGCCUUCAGCAUCUUCAAUUGAAAGCACCAUGAGUGUAUUGACGCAUGAGCAGCAGCAGAGGAAAGGACUGGGUUCCAUGAACCUAGGUAAAGGAGUAAGCCUGUCAAGCACCAACAAGAGAAAGGUCCAUGCUGGGGAUAACCGGAGGCCUAGACCACGAGAUAGACAGUUGAUUCAAGAUCGGAUCAAGGAGCUGCGGGAGCUUGUCCCAAAUGGUGCAAAAUGUAGCAUUGAUGGACUUCUAGAUAGGACUGUAAAACACAUGCUCUUCUUAAGAAGUGUAUCUGAACGGGCUGAUAAAUUGAGGCAGCAAGCUCUGAAAGAGGAAACUGAUGAAAAUAUUCCUGAAGAACCUGAAGUUAACAUUGACCAUCAAAAUGGGACAAGCUGGGCUAUGGAAUUAGGAAGUGAGCAACUGUACCCCAUAGUUGUAAAAGAUCUUGAGCACCCUGGACACAUGCUUAUAGAGAUGCUUUGUAAUGACCAUAGUCGCUUUCUGGAAAUUGCUGAUGUGAUUUAUCGUUUGCAACUAACUGUGCUUAAGGGUGUCAUGGAAAGACGCAGCAACAAUACAUGGGCCUGCUUUGUUGUCGAGGCCACAAGAAACUUUCAUCGUCUGGAUAUCUUCUGGCCUUUGAUGCAGCUUCUGCAACAAAAUCAGACAGCGAGCUCGAGCAAAAUCUAAACUGUAUGAAUAUGUUUAUAUUCUAGUGUCAUGUCAUGUGUACACAACAAUCUCAAAUUCAACCGCCUGUCAAUAUUUUUAUUUUUAUUGGAAUAAUUAGCAAUUGGUAACAAUGAAAAUUGCUGAUGCUCUACUAUAUACUAUUUAGUAAUCAUAGACCCAAUGUAACAUUUUUAGCCA